AUGCGGUUCCCUACUGCAGCAGAAGCAGCAGCAGCAGCUGCUGCUGCUCCAUCAGGGUAUCGUUUCCUCAGCAGCAGCAGCAGCAGCACCUCUGCUGCAAUGAACAGCAGCAGCAGCAGCAGCUCCCCUGAUGCAGCAGGAGAAACAGCAACAGAAGGCAGCGGUGUUCCUACAGGAGACAGAAAGGAUCGAGACUUGCAAGAAGAAAUAAACAGCGAAGAAGAUGAUGAGAUAGAAGACCCUGAACAAGUAGAUAUUAGGCUGCGAGCACAACUUGCUGCUGCUCGUGAGGUAGCAAAGGGUUUAGAGGAAAGUAAUGCAGAAUUAAAAGAUAAAUUAUUGCGGUGUUUAGCUGAACAAGAAAAUGCAAGGGUUGCUUCGGCUCGGGAUUACGCCAUCUCGGGUUUUGCGAAGGCGUUGUUAGAUGUUGGUGAUUCGCUAACGCAUGCAAGACAGCAGCUGCAGCAGCAGCUAGAGAAGCAGCAGCAGCAGCAGCAGCAGCAGCAGCAGCAACCGCAGCAGCAGGGUUUGGAUCAGCUAAAGCAAUUUGUUGAUGGUAUUUCUUUGACGGAUAAUCUCUUCCAUAAAACCCUAGAAAGAUUCGGGGUUGAACAAUAUGAUCCUAUGGGCGAAAAAUUCGAUCCAGCUCUUCAUGAGGCCCUCUUUGAGAUGGACGGACCCAGCGAUAAGAAAGGAAAGGUUGCACAGGUAGUACAGAGAGGGUACAGAAUAAAAGAUAGAAUUCUCCGAGCAGCAAAAGUUGGCGUCGUCAAACCCUAA